AAUUCGAUCCGUCACAACUUGUCGCUCCACAGCCGAUUCGUCAGGGUGCAGAAUGAAGGCACCGGGAAGAGCUCCUGGUGGAUGAUCAAUCCAGAUGGUGGAAAAGGCGGCAAGGCGCCCCGAAGACGUGCCGUGUCCAUGGACAACAGCAACAAGUACACAAAGAGCAGAGGGCGGGCAGCUAAGAAAAAGGCAGCCCUGCAGACUGCCCAGGAGACGAGCGAGGACAGCCCUUCUCAGCUCUCCAAAUGGCCAGGGAGUCCCACCUCCCGCAGCAGCGAUGAGCUGGAUGCGUGGACAGAUUUUCGCUCCCGUACAAAUUCGAAUGCCAGUACCAUCAGCGGCCGCCUGUCACCGAUUUUGGCAAGCACCGAACUAGACGAUGUUCAAGACGACGACGCUCCACUUUCUCCCAUGCUGUACAGUAGUCCAUCGAGCUUGUCCCCAUCGGUAAACAAACCAUGUACUGUGGAGUUGCCUAGGUUGACUGACAUGGCUGGGACAAUGAAUUUGAACGAUGGACUGACAGAUAACCUCAUGGAUGAUCUCUUGGACAAUAUAACACUCCCUCCCUCCCAGCAGUCACCCACAGGAGGGAUAAUGCAGAGAAGCUCCAGUUUUCCGUAUGGUUCCAAAGGUUCAGGGCUGGGUUCCCCGUCAAGUAGUUUCAACAACGCCGUGUUUGGUCCGUCGUCCCUGAAUUCUCUCCGCCAGUCGCCCAUGCAGACCAUUCAGGAGAACAAGCAGGCCACCUUCUCUUCCAUCUCUCAUUACAACAACCAGACGCUGCAGGAUCUCCUCGCCUCUGAUGCACUUAGUCACAGUGAUGUCAUGAUGACACAGUCUGACCCACUCAUGUCACAAGCCAGCACAGCUGUGUCCGCCCAGAAUUCCCGCAGGAAUAUAAUGCUCCGCAACGACCCCAUGAUGUCGUUUGCCGCGCAGUCCAGCCAAGGUGGUCUGGUCAGUCAGAGCCUGCCCCAUCACCAGCACCAGUCCCACAACUCCUCUCUUAGUGGCAGCCGUGCCUUGUCCAGUUCCAUCAGUAACAUAGGCUUGAGUGACUCAAACAGCUUGGGAUCCACCAAACAUCAGCAGUCACCUGUCAAUCAGUCUAUGCAAACACUUUCUGACCCGCUCUCAGGCUCCUCUUUGUACUCCUCUAGCGUGAACCUCCCGGUCAUGGGACACGAGAAAUUCCCAAGUGACUUGGACCUGGAUAUUUUCAAUGGGAGCCUGGAGUGUGACAUGGAGUCCAUUAUCCGCAGUGAACUCAUGGAUGCAGAUGGGCUGGAUUUUAACUUUGAUUCCCUCAUCUCAGCUCAGAACGUUGUUGGUCUGAAUGUGGGGAACUUCACUGGUGCUAAACAGGCUUCAUCACAGAGUUGGGUACCAGGCUGAAGGAUCUUUGAGAACAGGGAAAAUGGGCAAACAGGCCCUCAAACUGACACGAGAUGUAGAAAGAAUCCUUUGCCAAAUCUGCUGUCAGCAAGUGGACAGUGAUACUGUUUACAGCUUACGACCUUUGUGAACCCUGCAUUAUUUUCCUAAUGAAGCAGACUGUUAAUAGGCCCUUUAUGGAGUGAAGAUCCUC